AUGACAGUGAUUGAAGCGUACAUUGUGAUGUGGGAAGGUUUCACUGCUCGGCUUGUGUACCAGCAGCACAGAGAGUCCUCGCUGAGCUCCUGCAGGGCGUUCAGUGCACUGAUGGACCGCAGGAGGAUGGAUGCUGAGGGAGGUCGCGUGGUCCACCGGGAGUGGCGCGCGAGGAAGCUCGCGGUAGUCGUUGCCGUGCAAAACGUGCUGGUGGCCGCUUGUCUGUUCAUCACUCUUUACGUUUACUGGGGCGUUCAGGAUCAGGAGCGGGCAUCUGGGGAUAAUGUACACAUACAAUUUGAUGCCAUUGCAACCAUCUCAGGCAAUGCAACGCUGCAGUUUAAGCACACUAAAAGCAUGAAUAUGAUGAGUGUGGCUGGCGAGAAGAAGGACAAGAUCUAUGUCAACUGCACUGGACCCUAUGUUUUAUAUAUACACCUGUGUUACACAAGCCUUGGCGGAGAGAAGACCACUGGGAUGCUGCAGCUGCAGGUGGUGAGGGAUAAAACCCCUGUCAGCUCCUUCACCCUGCAAACUUCAGAAGAGGUCUGCGAGGGGCUCAACAGCAUAGCCUACCUCAAGGCAAAGGACCAGGCAAGCCUGCACUUGUAUGCCAAAGAGGAGUUCAAGAUUCUGGAGGUAUCUGUGGGCCUGACAUAUCUGCUGGGGAGGCAGUGUGAUUUUUGAUGAGGGCCAAUAAACGUGCCCUGAAGAAAAAAGACAAAGCUGACCGGGAUGAGGAAGGGACCUCAGCACUUGUGUUCAUGCACCAUUGUGAGAACAAAUACACUAAGCAGAACUCACACCAAUGACAUGACUUGUGUUGACAGACUCUUUUUUUUAAUUUUGUUUAUUACCUUGACCAAGGGAGCUGUGCAUCUUCUAGUUUGACUGUGAGCAACAGCUUGCACAUGUUCUUGGGUGAAAGAAAAUGAUUUGAUUGAUUUUGGUGUUGGUGAUUGACAAUCUCAUUUUGUAGAUGUCUUUAACAAGACACCCUCCCCCAUUUUUGUGCACAAGACAUUGGUUACUCUUUAAAAUUUUUGAUUUAGGCUGCAACUAAAUAUUAUUUCAAUAAUCAGCCGAUUAUUUUCUUGAUUACCAUUUAAGCGUUGGGUUCAUAAAAUCAUCAGAAAAUACUGAGAAAUUUUGUUUUUUCUUGAGAAAUGGCUUUUUCAUUUUCUGAUGAUCACAUAAUAGAUUAAUGGGCUGAUCAUUUCAGCUCUACUUUUGAUUACACUUAUUGUACUUGACCUUUUAAAGGGGAGCUUUUUUAAAGUUGAGUGGUUCUGAACCACAUUUAGAAAGGUACUUUUUCUUUUCCUUUAUCAAUCUUUUCUGUUAUGUGUGCACUCCUGCUACCAACUGUUAUUGCAGUGAUAUUGGGAUCUAAAAUUGUUUUAAAUCGUGAAGUUUUAUGCAUUCGCAAAAUGUAUAGUUUGUCAAAGUUGAGUGAGGACUGAACUGGAUGCUAUCCCAACUAAUGUACCUACACCCUCGUGAAGGGGUGUUAAAGCCUCAGGUGCCUUCUAAAUUAUAAUAUAAAGCUACAGCCAGGUGACAAAUUGAAGGAAAAACACCAUAAAGUUUUUUCCAUAGGUGUUCAACUAGGUAGGGUUGUGGUGACUGUGAAGGUCAUAGCUUAUGAUUUGAAUAAUUUUCAUACUCACCAAACCAUUCAGUGACCCCUCAUGCCCUUUGGAUGGGUGCAUCUUCUGUUUUUUCAUUUAAUUUGUCACCUGUGUAGAUAGAUAAUAUACUAUAAUCCUUAGUUAUUUAUUUCACUUUAACAGUGCCAAGCUGUGUAGUACCAAAUGAAUGUAUUUGUUUUUGGUGCAGUUAUCCUCCCGUGAAGCUCCAAUCUGAGUCUCAUAAACUUCCUCUGUGCUGCGCGGCUCCCAAACAGCUCAAACUGUGUUUAACUCACAUGGAUUACCAGACUAUUGCCGUUUACCCCAGCAAUGACGGUGACAAUAGCUUUGUUUUCUAUGACUAACAUGCCACUGGACAUUAUCUCAUGUUUCUUGAACUGGUGUUUCUAGAGAGUUAAACACAUGGCAGACAAGUUUGAUGCUGCAGCCACACUGACACACAGACAGCUCAUUGUGAAGACCAGAGAGGAGACAGAUGAAGUGGAAAUUUUAACUCUUUUGAUUGUAUCUGCGCACACACUGCUCACAUCACUUUGUAAUGUUUUAAUAUGUCACAUGUUUGUGUGUGUGUGUAAGUAUGGCUUUAGCUAUAAAAACCAAGUGCUGAUCUGAAGCUGAGGUUCUUUGUACAUACUUCAUACUUCAUACAUCAGUUAAGCUAUGAUACACUGAUUCAUUGAAAAGCCAUGUUGCAAUAAUGAUGGAAUAAUACUUUGGAAGUAUGCUGUGAGGCACAUUGUAUUGUUUUGUAUUGAACUACAAGCAAUGUCAUAUUCAGUGUUGUUAGUGAUUGAACUGGUUGGUUUUGAUUUCUACUAUAUCAUAAAUACAAUAUUUUAUAAAUAAUUUACACAGAAAUCAUGUUUUUAAAAGGAAGAACUUAGCAUUUGAGCUUUUUAAUUAUUCAAUGAAUGGAUCUUUAAACAUCAGUGAUGGUUUAAAUGGGUGCAAAAUGGACUGAAACUUUCUGACAAAAGAGCUACUGUAGUACUGUAUAUGUGAAAAAAAAAACAAGCUGAUAUGACAAUGUAUAAUUAGUCCAGGAAAUGUACAAUGUGGCUACCUCCUGUAAAC